AAAGGCGGAGCGGCUCCCGGAGCUCAGUCAUUAUAUCCUGAAUCAUCAUGAACCUGCAGCUCGGCGGUCUUCUCCUGGUGGUGGCGCUGUUUACCAGCAGCUCGACUCUAACGCCUGGAUGCAGAUUCUUUCGUCCUUUUUCCCUGACCGACCCCUCCACGAUGUACGGCAGGUGGAACUUACUCGCCGGUUUCAGCGAUUGUGAAAUAUUGAACGCCAUGUCGAGUAAAAACCGGAGCUCGUGGCUGAACAUCGCGCAGUCACCCAACCCCAACGAGUUUGUGCUGACUCAGCAUGACCGGAUAAAUGGAACCUGCGUGGUUACAUCUAUGACUGUUGCCGUCGACGGCGACACGGCCACGAUGUCAUUCGGCAACGUCUCCUCACAGUUCCAGCUGCGUCCGGCCUGUGAUGACUGCCUGUUCAUGAAAAUGAACAGCACGGUCAGGAACCUCAACAAGAUGCUUCAAGGGACCAACUCCGACGGCAAGAUAACAGCGGACGAGACUUCUUUUCGUCAUUUUUAUCUGAUUGCCAGAGAGUCGAGGAUGCAGGACUGGGAGCUGGGGCGCUUCAAGCUGCCGAACUCGGAACUGGAGGGAUCCGAGUACUCAGAACUGGAGAUCUUCAAGCAGCAGGCGAGCUGCUUCGGGUUCUCCAGAGAACCAGCAUUUCAGCACGACCCCAAGAACGAGUUCUGUGCUGAAGGCGAGGGCGUCAAGAUAACAAUCUGAAGUUAACAAUAACAACUUUCCUGAAUCUUUCAAACAGAAACUGAGAAAGUAAAGAGACAAAAAGUGA